AUGAACGGCAACUGGGAAGAGUCAAAAACGAGGAUCAUCAACCUUCCCGACGAUCAUCCUGGCACUUUCGCUCUCUACAUUAGCUUCAUCUACACUGGACAGCGGCCCGUCACGGACAAGACCGCGCAAGAGCUAAAGAUGCUCUCAGAAGACGAGUUUUCGAAACUCACGACAGCUCAAUACAAGGCUGUCUUCAAUGUUCUCAUCCUUGCUGAGAAGCUGCAAGACCUGAAGAUUAAGAAUGCCAUGAUGGAAGCUGCAGUAGCUACAGCCCUACUGAGAGGUCCCGAUGGUGACUGGUUCGUCCCAUCAUCGUGUGUGAUCAACAAUAUCUAUAGGGGCACACCGCCAAAGAGUCCCGCUAGACGUUUUGUUACCGACGCGUGGAUCGGCUGCUCGAUCAGCGAGAAUUUCGCGAUCAUCAGCCGACUCAACAAAGAUUUCGUGGAAGACCUAGGUAAAGGUAUCGACAAGCAUUGGGUUCCAGUCAGGAUGCAAGCGACUUUCCAGUCAACAAUCUGGAAUGCUGCAGCGUACCAAGAGAAGUCAAAUGAGGACUAA